AUGACGCCCACAGGCCUCUUGGACUCGUUCCUGGCUGCCAUUCAAGCCUCGCUCUCCGUCCUACUGGUCAUCUUCUAUGGAGGCGUGGCCGCCCAUCUCAAGCUGCUCAAUUCCGCCAACACAAAGGCAAUCUCCAAGAUAUGCGUGCGCAUGUUCCUGCCCGCCCUGCUGGUCGUCAAGAUCGGCUCCGAGCUACAUGCAGGGUCGGCGAACCGCUAUCUCAUUGUCUUCGUCUGGGCCAUCGUCUGCCACCUCAUCUCCUUCUUGAUCGGCAUCGUCGCACACCUAUGGCUGGGCAUGCCCGACUGGACCACCGUGGCGUUGAUGUUCAACAACACGACUUCUUACCCGCUCCUCCUGAUUGAGGCCUUGGACGAGACAGGAAUCUUACGUGCUCUGAUCGUGACGGACGAGACGACCGAUGCGGCCGUUGAGAGAGCCAAGAGUUACUUCUUGGUCUUUGCGACCGUCAGCAGCUGUUUGACCUUCGCGGUUGGGCCUAGGUUGAUCGAUACGGAGCAUGCCCCCGAAGAGGAGUCGAAGGAGGACGCAUCAGAGCAAGAUGAGCCUUUCGACGCUGUCGAGCGGCAGCAUCGCGAUGCAGAGGACGCCGAUGCCAACGAGGAGACGGGUUUGCUGCAGAGUCCCGAAUCCUCCACCUUCCCGCAUCAGCAAUCGACCGUCUCCUUCGCAAACAUCGCUAGCUACGCGGAAAACUCUUUUUUCCCCUCGACGCGACGCUCGUCAACGGCGGGACGUCCAUCCCAACCCUCUCGUCGACCCUCGUUGGCUGUGCAGCUAAAGCGCCGGCCAUCAAUUGUGCCAAAGAAGCAGUGGUACAAGCUCGGUCCCCGUGCAAAGUGGUGGCUGCUGUUCAUUUCGGAUUUCUUCAACGCGCCCCUCCUCGGAGCCAUUGUCGGUGUCAUCAUCGGCUUGGUCCCCGCCCUUCAUCGCUCCUUCUUCAACGACACCUACGAAGGCGGCAUCUUCACGGCGUGGUUAACCGCGUCCCUUAAGAACAUUGGCGGGCUAUUUGUCCCCUUGCCCGUAGUCGUGGCCGGUGUGAGCCUCUACACUGCCAUGCAAGAAGUCAGGAAAGCAUCGGCCGGCGGACAGAAAACUCAGCCAAUGCCGUGGCCGACUGUGACUUUCAUUAUGCUGACGCGGUUUGUCGUGUGGCCCGCGGCAUCCAUCUACUUCAUUUUCUUGGUCGCUUCGAAGUCGACCGUGCUGGGGCCUGAUCCGAUGUUGUGGUUCGCGAUGAUGCUGAUGCCAACCGGGCCUCCAGCGAUGAAAUUGAUCACACUCGUCCAGGUCAGCGACGCGGAGGAGGAGGACGAGCGCAACAUUGCGAAGCUGUUGACUAUCUCCUACCUCAUCUCUCCGAUCUUGAGUUUCACCGUUGUAGGCGGAUUGAGGGCCGCUCAGGCGGCGAUUCCGUCGUGA